AAACAGUACUAAAGAAGUAGCGUUGACUUUUCGAAAUUCUGUCGAAACUACAUUCCCGUACAGUGCACGUAUAUUUCGCAAUGUUAUCAUUAGCAUGGAUUUUGAUCUUCGUCGCCGUUAGUGGUGCCAAUGCUGAAAUAACGCAAAACGACGUUAAUGUUGAUAUCACAAAGUAUCCAAGUGUUGUAUCGAUUAGAAGGAAUGGCAAACACGUAUGCUCCGGUGCCAUACUUGAUGAGUAUCAUGUCAUCACAUCGGAUCGAUGUGUUCCCCCGUUCAAACAUGUCUGGAACGUUAUGAACAAUAUAGUCGUAGUGAGCGGCACGAGCAGCCUUAAGCCCGGCGGCAUUCGUACGUUUGUUAAAGAAAUGUUCUCGCAAAAUCAUCAUGUUAACCCACUUGAAAAUAACGUUACUAGCGGACUUGGAGUGCUUAAGCUCAUACGACCACUUCAAUUCGAUAAGAAUACACAGCCGAUUGUGCUAUCUGAAACCGAAGUACCACUGGGCGCAAAAGUGCAGAUGGUUGGGUGGAUGAUAGCCGACCAUGAAGGGAGAAAGACCGCGAAUCUAAAGGAACUAACGUUAACAACGGUAAACCUUCAAGAAUGUCAAUCAUUCCACGAGAAAGAGCUCUCUAAAUCUGAAUUCUGUACUCAAGUAGAAUCCGAAAGUAAUUAUUGCAAGGUAAGAAAAUAUUAUAAAAACGUAACAUUGAAAGGAAACGGAAUAUUUUAAUAUAUGCUACUAUUA